GAAACUGUGUGUGUUUGUGUGUGUGUGCUCAGUCUGUAGGAAGCUCGUGUCUUCUGUGGCGGUCGCUCGGCAGGAGUAAAGGAAAAAGCCAUGGCUGUUAACAAGUGCGUCAAAUACCUGCUCUUCUUCUUCAACCUUCUUUUCUGGCUGAGUGGUUGCCUCAUCCUGGGUGUCUCCAUCUACCUGAAAGUCAGCAAGAAUGCAAACCAGAUCACCAACGAGGCGUUACCCGGCAUCGACUUGAUGAUCGCCAUAGGUGUGAUCAUCAUGGUUCUCGGCUUCCUGGGCUGCUGUGGAGCCAUCAGAGAGAACCGCUGCAUGCUGCUGCUGUUCUUCAUCUUCCUUCUCCUCAUCUUCAUCCUCCUGGUGGCAGCAGGCAUCGCGGGAGCUGUGAGCCAGAACAAGAUGAAUGAAUGGGUGGACCAGCGUCUGCAGAACCUGACCGCAACCUUCAAACAAGAUCAAACGCUGAGAGAAGACAUACAGAAACUGCAGAAAGAGCUCAAGUGCUGUGGCCUCCUGAACGGAAAGUCAGACUGGGCCCCAGAGCCCAUCCCCACUUCCUGUCGCUGCAAUGUCACCGCCACCAACACUAACGAGUGUGGCUCGGACGGCAACUACUCCACGCCCUGCGCCACCCAAGUCAUCAACCUGAUGAAGGCCAACAUGAAGAUAGUGCUGGGAAUCGCCUUCGCCAUCGCCGUCCUGCUGAUUUUCGGCAUGGUGUUCUCCAUGAUGCUCUACUGCCAGAUUGGCAGGAAGGACGGCGCCACCGCCAACGCCUGAGGCUUCAUUGUCGUGUAACCACCACAUAACCUCAUCCUGCGCUCACACUAUGAAGGAGCACACUGUGACAUUAUGGCUACAAUUAAAGCCCGGUAUACACAAACGUAUGGAGUCCCAAUAGUUAUUAAAAUACAUGCUUCAUAUAAUCUAUAUUUUAUGGAAACGAUGUUCUGUUACCCAAACCGACCAGUUUAUGCCCCGAAGGAAGAAGAGAAGCAAACAGUUUUAAAGGUAACUAAUAAACACAAAGUAAAUAAUUAAAUUAAUUAAUUAGAAUUUCCCAAACCUUAAACGCUGAUUCGACAUACGGAAGUCUAUUGAUGCCAAACAGUCAGGUGGUUUCGUGAAAUAAAAAUGAGAUUCUCAGAAUAUUCACAUAAUCAUGUAAAGGUGAAUUUUUGCUUGCAGGUCACAACUUUUUUUUUUUUGCUUGCUUUGUAAAUAAACAUAGGUUAUACUGAGGAUGCGUUAAACUGCAGUUUUCUUCUAUUAUUUUUAAAUGUAAUUCAGUAGUUUGGAUCUUUAGUGAUUUGUAAUAUUUCUGGUAGUGACUUCCAUACAGGCCUGUCUCAGUGUCUGCUGCCAUUUUUAUUUCCUUGUUUGAAAAUUAUUGCAAAUCCUCAGGAAGUUGAAGAUGUAACAAAUGUCACACUCCCUCAUUGUUAUCGUCAUCAUAAAAGUUUGUGGUUUAUUGUUGAGCAAAACUUGAUUUCUGUCUCUCGUCAUGAUCUUUAAAAUCUGCCGCUGCGUGAAAAACGUUCAGGAUGUUUUUGAGUGUCGCGCUGUUUCCAGCGUUUGUCGUCCCCUCCGGCAAAGCUUUAAAGAAACAUCAAUCAUCAUAAAUGAAAAUAAAAUUGUAAAGUAUCCCAUAAUUAGUAAGAAGAUUUAAAUUCAGACUCAUACUGUAAGUUUUUCUCUUGUCUGUGUAAGAAUGAACCUCCGUACUCUGCUGUAUUCACUUUAAUAAAACUGGAAACAUUA